UUAAUAUGACAGAAUGGGAAACCAAACGAGCAGCACUUGCUGCGAUCCUGUAGAAGGUGGAGAUGUCUUAUCCGAUGGCGAGAAAGCACUUACACCAGAAGAAGAAAUCGGAUUCAUGAAUUGCAUGGUCAACGGUUGCGAUACACAUAUUGUAUUCGCCGAUGGUACAUCUAUGCCGUGUUCAGUUCUUUACGACCUUGCCGAGGAUUGUUUGCAUUUAGUAGUCGAGGAGAAAAAACGAGUGGUACCAUUGAGCGAUGUGGAACAAGUCCUGGGUGCCGAUAGCGUCGCUGGGCUUAGCAGUGUCGACAAGUCACUGAUAACCGAUCCACACAUUGUAGCAUUCCGACUCAUGAGUACCAAAAAGGCGAUAUUGCUGCGCUUUGUCGAAUUAAAGGAUAGUCAGGCAUUCCACCACUUUCUCAAGGAAGUUAUCCAAGAGAAUAAAGAUAAAGCAUCACAGCCAGUUCCGUCUACACCUCCGGUGGAGGAAGAGAUCCCAUCGCAAACCCUUAUAUUCUAGACAGGCAGCAGAAGUGUAAUCACUUGUCCAGGCAACUAACACUAUGAACUCUGGGUGCUAUAACUUUGAUUACAGCUUAUCAUGAUCUCUGGUACUAUGAUUUACAAUA